GCCCCCGUGCGUGUGACGCGGAUUUAUUCCUCGGCUCCUUUCCCCCUCCCUCGUCGAUAGGAACCAUUCCGGGUCGCGUGAAGCAAACCAGAGAUUGCUGUGUUAAGAUGGCACGUAUUAGUCUUGAGGAACUGAAUGAAAUGGAUGACGAAGACCUUGGUGAAGAUCAGGAACCCAUGGAUGGGGACCAACAGAACAGACUGUUUUCUCACUGGGAGGUAAUAGCUAGCACUCACCAAGUGACACUGCCCCAAGAGAUGACAGGACCAAUAGUACAAAUGACGCAACAUAAUCAGACACGAGAGCCUGUGCCCUAUGCUACAUUGUCCCAGCAUGAGAAGUGUGAGGAGAUGGCAUAUGAAGAAAGGCUGUACCCACCUAAAAAAUGGGCAUGCAUCACUAAAGGGGAGCCCAAGUACGAACAGAGUAUCUCCAUGGGGUUCAUGAAAAUCAUGCGGUAUAUCUGCAAGGAGAACUCCUUAAGCCGCCACUUGGGGAUGACGGUGCCUGUGGUUGCGCAGAUCCAUCUUAAUAAGGAAGGCACUGAACUGCUGCAAGAAGUCAUUACUGGUUAUUGUCUCCCCGAGGAAUUUCAGCUGAACCCCCCUCUGCCAGUGGACCCUGAAAUCCAAAUCAUGGAAAGAGCACCACUUCAAGUUAUUACAAGGGUGUUUUAUGGGAACACUACAGAAGAAACAAUCCUACAGGAGAUCCGUCUUCUCUGGGAACUGCUGGGCUCCACUGAUAAUGUGCUCCACGAAACCUACAUGGUGGCUUCAUACGAGAAUCCUGGUGUUCCUAACCGUCGCAAUGAGAUCUGGUUUAUCCGGCGAGCUAACUGAAGGCUCUCAUGAAUUCCUGACAAAAUUGUAAUCCACCCUGUGACAGGUACUGGUUUAGAUGGCAGUUCUAGCUGAAGGAGAACAAUGCACAUCCUGAAUUAGUGGUCAUCCUAUAGAAUAGAUGAACCGCUUCUUUUCCCCUGGGUGCUGCAACAAGUUAUGUUCCCUCCAAGGGGAAAAUGUCCCUGAGAAUUCCACCCCACUAUUGCAGGGGGCAGUAUGGAAUAUGCCAUUAUUAAUGAAGAUGGCUUUGGUCUGCUUGUGUGGGCCCCAAAUAUGUCCAUGCCAGAGUUGAAAAGGAGUAUUGGGAAGUGUAGCUCACAUGACAAGUGUCUGGUAUCUGGAAGUGAAUGUGCAGAGCAUGUCUGAACAUGAUUGCUUACAGCUGACAUGAUUACUGCAGCUGACAGAUGGCAAUGGUUGAGGAACUGGUGGCGACCUGAGUUGCUUUUAGAAGGAGAACAACUUCUGGUGCCAUAGAGCAUCCUUUUUAGCCAUGUGUGAGAAAGGCUAAAUUAUGCUCUUAGUUAAUUCUCCCAUAGCAAUGAAGAACCAUUGCUGUAGUUUGGGAUAGAAAUAGCUUUAAUCUGCCUUGGCUGGAGUAGUUUAAACAGAUGUUCAGAAACCAGUGAGAAAUACAGGCAAAUGAUUAUGAGUUGACAGUGAACUGAGAAGUGAAAACCAUGGAAUCUCUUCUCCCAUGGCUUACAUGCUCUACAUUCCCGAGAAUAUUCAAAGAGUUGUAUGUCAUCUACUGGCCACGUUCUGCCUGUCAGCCAGCUGGAGCGCGUGACCACCUCCAGGUUGGCCUAAGGUCUUGAUAUGAGCUGAGCAGGCCAUGUAGCAUUUAUAUUACGUUGUGUUGUGUUGUGCAUUGCUUGGUUGGUUUCACAUUCAUAAAUGCUGCUGUCCUCUUUCAAGAGAGGUUGUUAGUACAAAACAAAUAUGAAAUAAAAUCUAGCCCUGAAAUAAAACAUAGUCUUUUGAAUCUA